GGGGCCCGGAGAGUCCGACGGGCGCCUCUGCAGGGCCGGGGCGGGGCAAGAGGGCGGGCCUGAGCCGGGCUGCCCUUCCAGCCGGUGUGGUUUGGCUUUCCUUUGGCGGCAGGGAGAUGGGGGCCGGGGCCAGGCCGGAGGUCCUGGGGCUGGUGGCGCUGCUGGUUCUGUGGCCCGGUGCCGGGGCGGGCUGCGCGGAAGAAGGGCGCUGCUGUCCGGGCCGGGACUCGACGUGCGUCACGUCGGGUUGGCGCUUGAGCAGAGCCUACGGGACCUGCUUCUGCGACGAGGCGUGCAAGGCGACCGGCGACUGCUGCUAUGACUACGGCCAGGCGUGCCCAGCUCUACCAUGCAUUGUUGGAGAAUGGACUCAAUGGAGUGGCUGUGCAGAACAAUGCAAACCUAACUUCCGAAUGCGAACACGCAUCAUACAGCAGGAACCAAAAAAUGGUGGUGACCCUUGUCCUCCAUUAGAAGAGAAGGCUGGCUGCCUGGAAUAUACUACUCAUCAAGGGCAAGACUGUGCAGAUGAGCAUGUUUCUGCUUUCAUAACAACUUCUGAAUAUAGUAGAGAGAGGAAAAAACGGGCUGUACACCCAAGGUGGUCUUCAGAAACAGAGGAUUCCAGGAACUACUGUGUGGAGUUUAGAACAGAAACAUUGUCUCCUCAUUGCUCCUUGGAAAAUCGCCCAUAUGCCCGAUGGAUGCAGUAUCUGCGAGAAGGAUAUACUGUGUGUGUAACUUGUCAGCCUCCAGCUAUUCAUACUGGCAGACAUAGAUGUUCUGGAGAUGGUGGUGAUGCGGAUGGGAACACAGUUCUUCAUUGGCAAGCAGUUGGCAAUCCUUUAUGCCAUGGAACAUGGAAGAAAGUUCAGCAAGUGGAAGAAUGUUCAUGCCCUCUUGUACAUAGCUUCAUUUUUACAUAAUAGUUUGAAUUUAUACCUUUUAAUAUCUUAAUUGAACUGAUCUGGAAACUA